AUGCUACAGCGCGGUGGCAGUGUGCUGCGCGCACGGGCGGCGCGCGUGCUUGCGCGCUGUACUACGCGGCGCGGGGCGCGCGGCGCGCGUGGCGCGGGUGCCGUGCUGUCGCUGGAGGAGGUACUGGCGGAGGGCGCGCCGCCCCAGGCCCGCCCGCCGCCCUUCACCAAGCAGCAGCAGCGUGCGCUGCACGACGCCAUGUACUACGCGGCCGAGACCGACCACUUGGAUAUAACAUUAGAACUCCGUGCACUAGGAGUCCCGUGGUCGCUGCACGCGUGGACCCUUUCCUUGGCAGCUGCUGCUGAGGCCUCCCUUGACCAUGUUAUAGAUCAACUUCUACAAGACUUCUUGCAGGUAUGUCCAUCAGACGACAGCCACUACAGCAAGCAGUUCAUCUACGAAUGUCUUCCUCUGCUGUUUAAUAUACUUCGAUACAGCAAAAAGGAGGGCACGGUGCUGCUGCUGGCGGACAUCCUGUGCGCGUGCUACGGGCGCGAGCCGGCGCCGCGCGUGCACGAGCCGCCGCCCGACGCGCCCGCACCUGCGCGCGUCGACCCCUCCUACGUCAACAACCCUUCGCUCGCUGACGUCACCUUCCGGGUGGAGGGGCGGCUGUUCUACGGGCACAAGAUUGUGCUGGUGUCGGAGUCGCCGCGGCUGCGCGCCAUGCUGGCGCCGGCGCGCGCCGAGCCCGCCGCCGCCGCGCCGCCGCUCGUGCAAAUCAACGACAUACGCUACCACAUCUUCGAGCACGUGAUGCAGUACCUGUAUAGCGGCGGGUGCGCGGGGCUGACGGUAGCGGAUGGCGACGUGCUGGAGCUGCUGGCCGCCGCCGCGUUCUUCCAGCUGCUGCCGCUGCAGCGCCACUGCGAGGCGCGCGCCGCCGCCGCCGUGGAUCUGCACAAUCUCGUCUCCGUCUACAUACACGCCAAGGUCUAUGGCGCGACUCAACUGCUGGAGUACUGUCAAGGUUUCCUACUCCAGAACAUGGUUGCUUUACUUACGUACGACGAUUCCGUCAAGAGGCUACUAUUUGGCAAGCGGCUACCCGGACACAAUGUACUAGGAGCUCUCCUGACCACAUUACAAAAAAGGAUCGAAUCCAGAAAGAGCCAGUCAAAGAGUAGGUAG